AUGGGCUCUCUGUCGGACUCGCAGCCGAAUGGCGACCUUCCGCCGCCGCCGGCGGAGGCGGAGCCGGAGCCGGAGGACGCUGGGGCGCAGGACGAGGAGGGAGAGGCCGGUGAGAAGAUGGAGGGCGUCGCUUCCAUCGCGCUGCUGCCCUCUGGCGCCAUCUCCGGGCACUUCAUCCGCCUCCCGGACUCCGUCUGCUACGGCCUCCAGGGCACCCCAAUACCAUGUGAGAGGGAGUGUAGCCGAGGAGAUGACUACCGCCUUAUAAAGCUCGCCAUCAUUAAUUUUAAGAGGAAGACAGAGAAGGUAGUUGUGGUGGAAUGCAGGGGACAUGAUGCUGCUCGAUUACAACACAUUGACCAUUUGCAUGGAUGGGAAGAUGACAUUGUUGGGUUGGUUCAGAAGAAACAUGGCAACAAAAAGGUGUUGGUCUCCUUCGAAUGCGAGACGCUAAAGGCCGAUAAAGCCGCCGAAGAACAUAUCAGCAGAUACAUGCCGAAUCUCUGUGGACUGGAUGCAGUUGUAAAUACAGGAAAGAUGAGUAUCUCCGGCAUCAACCUUGAUGAGGACGACCAACCAAGCGGAGACGGCUGAGAGCAGCAGCAUUUAGUCACGGUUUGUUAACAGCGACGGAGCAGGACCGUGUGUGUUGUUUGUGCACUUAAAAUGGUAGCAGCAAGUCCUCUAGUCUAAUGGAAUCCGUGUUGCUGCUGCUGCAUGUGGUACUAAUCCCGAUGAGUGAUUGUACACCUGGGUGCUUUUGAAGGCCACGAG